GCUCCCAAAGAAGUCAAUAAAUCCACCAGUCAGCGCUGGGUCCAGAAAAUAAAUCUAACUCAGAGACCAUGGCGGUGCAGGGAGCACUAGUGUGGAUCUGCUCUCUAGCAGUCUUGUCCUUCUCUGCAGCUCAAGAUGAGACUUUGCUUCAGAACUGCAGCUCACAAAUUCAGCUUCUGGAGCAUCUGACGUCUAAUCUGAAGGAGGUCGCAGAGUGUGCCUGGAGUUCAGAGCAGACGGCUGGCCUGCUGCUGACCCUGAGGAACCUGACGGACACUCUGCACAGACACCAGCUGAGAGAAUGCCAGGGAGCAGAGCCGCAGAAAUGCCCUGAAGCUGAAGUACCCGAAAAUGGAGGGUUGCUGUGCGUCACAGUGAGCAGCACGCGCUACUGCAAGCCUAUGUGCAACCAUGGUCACGAUUUUACUUUCCUCAGGAGGAGUCGGCUGUACGAUGAGUGCAGUGAGCAGACGGGGUUCAAAUGGCCGGCCAGUCAGUUCAUCGGAGGAAACAGAUGGGCCGUGUGCGACAAAGCACAAAUCCAAAUUUCAGCAGCAGCGUCGGCAUAUUUUUCUAAAGAUCAGGACUGCCUGACAACCAAGAGCAGCAGCCUCCUAGACAGCGUCAUCAAGGGGGAUUUUAUAUCUGAGCUGAGGAAAGCAGGGGUGCAGGGAGAGGCCAAGUCCGACUGUCUUGUAUGUGGGUGACCACGAGUCAGUGCAUAAGUGUGGACAAACACAUCUACACCCCUGCCGGUUGCACUAAAGAAAUAACAUUUUGAAACUGACUUAAAUAAACCUGUUCCUGAACCUGAA